UCCCCGCCAAGUCAAGCAAGAACUCCACCAUGGCUCGCGGCCCCAAGAGAGCGGAUGGCGACCACACGCGCAAGCCCCGCAAGAAAAAAGACAAGAACGCCCCCAAGCGCGCGCUGUCGGCCUUCAUGUUCUUCAGCAACGACAUCCGCGAGACGGUGAAGAAGGAGAUGCCCGAGCUGGCCUUCCUGCAGAUCUCGAGCGAGAUCGGCCGCCGCUGGAAGAAGAUCUCGGACGAGGAGCGUCGCCCCUACGACGAGCUGGCCGCCGCCGACAAGCGGAGAUACCAGGAGGAGAAGGAGGACUACGUGCCGGACCCGUCCUUCGAGACCACCAAGGGCUCGCGCAAGAAGAAGGACCCGAACGCACCCAAGCGCGCGCUGUCCGCCUACUUCUUCUUCUGCAACGACAUCCGCCAGGAGGUGCGCGACGAGAACCCCAACAAGAAGAUCACGGAGAUCGCCACGCUGCUGGCCGAAAGGUGGCGCGCGCUGCCCGACAAGAAGCGCGCCAAGUACCAGAAGAUGCACGAGGAGGCCAAGGUCAAGUACCAGCAGCAGAUGGACGCCUACAACGCCCAGGGCAGCGCCGCUGUCGAGGAGGACGAGGAGGAGCACGACGAGGAAGACGACCACGAGGACGACGACGACGACGAAGACGACGAAUAAGUUGCGUCGUUGCACUCUUUGCUAGUGCGCGCGGGACUGCCGCCGGCGGUAAGCGUCACGUGCCGGCUGCCGCGCGGCAAGCCCGCCGCGUUUUCUUUUAGCUCGUAGUACGUAGGACACGCUCGGUAUCCUCAUUUAUUCUUUCAAAGCUUUUGGUAACGUU